CUUUUGACAGAUGGUAUGGGUCGUACCUUUUUUCCUUUUUUCUCUUUUUGUGAUCCGUGCCUUCCACUUGUGUCGGUUUGCUUGAUACUCUGAAAAUAAGGGACAGCAUGCCAGAAAUGACGGAAGUGGAGAAACCCGCAGUCGCAGAGGCCAGCAAGCCUGAAUCAGAAUCUUCCACUGACAGUGACACUGAAGAAGACAUCCCAGAGUUGGAAGAUGCAGGGGGCAAUGCAGGGACUGCAGUUAAUGCUGCGGCGGCCGCAGCGUCGUUCCCUGGGGCCGCAGCAGCUGGCUUGCCAAUUGACAUGGUCUCCAAGGCCAAGCAGUCCAGGGGGGAGAAGAAAGCUAGGAAAAUUAUGUCAAAGUUAGGCUUGAAACCAGUCCAAGGUGUAAGCCGCGUGACGAUUCGCAAAUCCAAGAACAUCCUCUUUGUGAUCACAAAACCUGAUGUGUACAAAAACCCUGUCAGUGACACAUACAUUGUGUUUGGUGAGGCAAAGAUAGAGGAUCUGUCACAGCAGGCCCAAGUGGCUGCUGCAGAAAAAUUCAAAGAGGCGAAUCCGGCUGCCGCAGGGGCUGGUGUUGCCGGUGGAGCUGGAUUGGCAGCCCAUGAUGGGGCGCUGGCUGUAGGGGCGGCGGCUGGUGCUGCGGGGGCCGCAGGACAGGUGGGCACGAUACAAGAAGAGUCUGAGGAUGAGGAGGUCGACGAAUCUGGUGUGGAGGAGAAAGACGUAGAGUUGGUGAUGUCACAAGCGAACGUAAGCCGAGCGAAGGCUGUGAAGGCGCUAAAGAAUAAUAGUAAUGAUAUAGUAAACGCCAUCAUGGAACUCACCAUGUGAGUUCCUCCUUUCGUUCAUACGUUGCCGCUUUCGUUUUAAUUAUUUACCAUUAUUUCGUACUUUUAUCUUUGGGUUACAUUACAUUACAUAAGAAUCCAGUGUUGUAAAUACAUAUUAAAUCAUUAGUUGUAUAAUA